GCUUCUCUUCACCAGCCGUAUUGGAAAUGGAUCCCAGGAAUGGCGCUUCCGAAUCCCAUACCUGCUGCUUGCAGCCUUCACAGAAGCCAGCGGCCGAGAACUGGGAGAGGUGGGCAAGAGGCCAAGCUGGAAAGAAGCCGGCUUCGCUCGGUGCGAUGCUGCAAGGUUGUCCAGAUGCCCGCUGUGCCGACUGCUCCGGGCACAGAGACUGUCUGCCCCCAGCCCUCUUACACUACCAGUGUCUCAGAAGCCUACUGUAACCAGAUCCCCGGGCCGGCGGGUGGAGCAGCCUGGCGCGUCACUAUCACUGAGACGCUGCUCAGGCACUCAGUCCAGGCUCAGCAGUGGGGACACUCAGCUCAGGGCAUGGCGCAGAAGCUGGGCGAGCGGACCAAGGCCCCCGCCGAGGCUACCGGGCUGUACCGGGCGAUGCUGCUCAGGUCGGCCUCAAUGUACUCGGAGAUCCAGAGGGAGAGGGCAGACAUUGGGGGACUCAUGGCUCGGCCAGAGUAUAGAGAGUGGACUCCAGAGCUCAUCAAACCCAAGAAGCUGCUGAACCCUGUGAAGGCCUCCCGAAGCCACCAGGAGCUACACCGGGAGCUGCUCAUGAACCACAGAAGGGGCCUGGGUGUGGACAGCAAGCCUGAGCUGCAGCGGGUCCUCGAGCACCGUCGCCGGAAUCAGCUGAUCAAGAAGAAGGAGGAGGAGCUGGAAGCCAAGCGGCUUCAGUGCCCCUUCAAGCAGGAGCUGCUGAGAAGGCAGCAGAGACUCAACCAGCUGGAAAACCCACCACAGAGAGAAGAGGACCAUGCCCCUGAGUUCAUCAAAGUCCGGGAAAACCUGCGCAGAAUCACCACAGAGGAGAGAGCACUGUAGAGUUCCUCCACUCAGCUCCUGCCACUCACUCUGGCCCAGACCUCCUCCAGCCCUCCUGAACCAGAAGGCCCUGGCACAUGGUGAUGCGAGCAAGGCAGACCUGAGAGACUGGCUGUCCCUGGGAAGCUGGGGACCUCGCAGCCCACAGGAAAGUCUCUGUACGGACUUUUCCUUCAGAGCACCUAGCCUCCCAGUGCUAAGAGGAAGUCACUGCCAGGAAAGACUUGUUGCCCAAGGUGCCCUCCCUGAUCCGACUCAACGAGUAAGCUUCCUUAGCAGAAGUGGGAAAGAGGGCCAAGUGUCCCUCCAUUUUGCCUUAGCUUUCCUAACAAGAAUGUCUUGGAAACCACAGAGCAAAGAAGAGAUCUGUCUGUGGCAAGGAACGGGUGGGGGCCACAGCAGGCUGUGGGCAGGUGGGAGAAGUCCUAACCAAGGCAGCUUCGGGCCUUGCAGGCUUGCCUCAUGCUUCAGCCUUUUUCCUCCUCUCCUGCCCUCCCUGAAUUGCUGACCACAUCUCACCUCAGUGCUCCAGCUUCCAGCUUAGAACAGGGCAUUGCCAACUUUACUGUACAUACAAAUCAGAGUCCUGUAAACGGUCCCUGGAAGGAAGCUACAGGUCUAACACUCUCCCAGGGGAAAGCCCAGGACACUGGUUUGAGUAGAUAGCUAGGCUGCAGCACCCAGGAGUGGUACAUUUUAGAAAUAUCCAACUCUCUUGGCUCCCUGGCCUGGAGGUCCCCAGUGCCAUCUCUAAAGCCCCCAAAAUUCUUCACUCACUAUCCAUACCCCCCUACAAACACACACAAAUCAUUGGCCUAGAAAACUCUAGCCUAGCAAAUCCAAAUGUUCUUGUGAUUGUAACUGCCAAUCUUCGGUCUUUACUGGUGUAACCACAAUACAAUUCUAGCCAAAAAAUAAAAUUAAAAAAAAAAA